AUGUUAAUGGGGCCCAUAUACGAAGUUAAACCCCAUACGCCGAGGAAGAGGUGGGAUCGACACGGCAUCCCGGUGGACAUCGAUCUUGAAGAUGACCGCGGUAUAUCGGCCGGGAGCUUGCAUCUAGACGUACCAGAAGAGUCGAUCUCGUACCCCUGCUACGCUCUGUUCCUGGAUCCCUCGAAAGCGCUAAUCCUGCGAACUAAUAAGCUGGAAGCUAAGCGGAAUGAAGACGGAACUAAAGACCUAAAUGUUCUCGUCUCUAAGCCAGUUCUGACGACCUCUGAUGUCAAUCGCAACAUAGCCGAGCAUCCGGAGAUGAAAACUUUUGUUUUCCAAGCCAUGCACCAAGUUGUUCGCAUCGGAAUAAAAAGUUUUAUCAAAGAGCCGACGAAGAAUAAAGACUAUUUUGAAAAUGAAGAUGAGAAGGAACCGGAGUUGUGGGACGAGGCAAAGCAGGGAAAGCUGACACUAGAUAAGAUCCUACAUGUCGAGGGAGACCAGUCGUGGGGGCUGGUUACAAAGGAUGAUCCCCAAAUAUGGGUAACAAUAGUGUAAUCAAUCAUAUUUGAAUUCUGCUAUAUAAUCCAAUCACAGAGGCUCAUUGGUUAAGCUUCCUAA